ACCGUUAAGACAACUUAUAAAUGACAACCUAUAAUCAAACUUAAGAAGUUACAUGCGCAGUGAAGAAGACACGUAACACAACACAUUUGGCUGUAAACGCUGUAAACAUUACUGCCGUAAAGCGAACACAGUAGCGUCGUAAAAAUACAACAUGGCGACUGCAAUGACAGGACGUGGUAUCGCUUUUAUUAGGAAUAUAUCCGGAGGUUUACAGUCAAGGUUACAGGUUCUGGGUGGCGGUCCUCAGCAGCUCUCAUGUCUCCACACGAGCACUUCACUGGAAUCAAAGAACUGGGAAAGAAAGAACCUCAAGGUGUAUCCACCUCAGUUACCAGAUGAUCCCUGCAGACCAGCUGAGAUCCACCACUGCAGGAGGCAGAUUAAGUACAGCAAAGACAAGAUGUGGUACCUGGCCAAAAUGAUCCAAGGUAUGAGCAUCGAUGAGGCCAUUGCACAGCUGGAGUUCAACGACAAGAAAGGGGCGAAGAUCAUGAAAGAGGUUCUCCUGGAAGCUCAGGACAUGGCGGUCAAAAAUCACAAUGUAGAGUACAAAUCCAACCUGUAUGUAGCUGAGUCCUACUCUGGCAAAGGGAAGUACCUAAAGCGGAUCCGUUACCACGGCAGGGGGAUGUUUGGCAUCAUGGACAAAGUUUACUGUCACUACUUUGUCAAGCUGGUGGAGGGCUCGCCGCCCAAAGCAGAAGAGAAGACGAGCUUUGACCAGGCCAAAGAGUACGUCCAGAGCCUCAAGAACCGAACCAUCAUCCACAGUCUGUAGACCAUCUGAUAGGAUAGUAUUUCACAUGUAACCUUUACUCUGUGUGUGUGUGUGUGUGUGUGUGUGUGUCUCAUUUGUAAAUAAACAAAUGAGCGAAUGGGUAAUGAGA